AUGACACAAGGUGACUGUCCGUCAAAAGCAGAUGACACAGCGGAUAUGGUAGAACAGACCAGUGACUUUUUGGCGAAAAAGUUACGACAAAACUGGCUCACACGAUACCCGGACAAAACGUGCACGCCCUGUCAGGAUCAGGAUGAUUCGUUAACGAAUCUUAAUUGGUUGCAAAAUAUCAACCUGACCAAACUCACUGCUCCGGACACACCUUUGUCACCUCCCCCAACGAGUAUGACACACUCACAGCCUUCGAUUAACACAUUCAGCCUGUGUGGGAAUUCGACCACACAUUCUAGGCUAUCGCGGAACCAGUUGAACACAUCCUCCCCUACAAUGCACAGUAAUCACCGUACAAAGCCCCAAUACAUCAAUUUUUUCUCUACUGGAAGUGUGUGCCACCGUCCUUCGAUGCUUUCACAGCCUACGAAACAUGGAUCGUUCCGGCAUGGCAGUCAUCACCGUUCACCCGCUAACGCAGCUGAUCGAGCCACGUGUACUUUCUACUCCAUUCCUUCGAAGCGCAAUCAAAUGCACAUGCCAGUUGUUCUGAGGACGGAUGCCCAAUCUUUGUGGAACAAUUACUCAUCCACCGGUACAACAGGUGUGACAUCCCUACCAUGUGAUAUACUCAUGUCACCACCACGCCCUGUGAUCUGGCAGAGUAUGAAUUCGUCAUGUCCCGUGGAAAGCUCAUAUUAUAUACACUCAUCCCCUGGACUUUCGAGUCCAAUUUCUCAGCCAAGGGCUUGCCCUAAAUCGAGUCCAGUGCUACACUGCACUCCGGAGACCAAUUCCGCGGUCGUGACAAAUGGCAGCAAAAAUUCCAUUACUGUACCUCGAUUUGAAAUGGACACAAAUGAAGCGUCCACUGUCGCGCAACACCUUCCUGUGAUACACAACCUUCUCAACGUUCCCGUCGCAUGUGAUUUGCUAACAAAAGACGGGAUAGCACACAGUCGGUUGUACCCAACACUCCUGUGUCGUAACGAAGGGAAGAACAUUCUAUCGACCAGUACCAAUGAUACGGUAGAUACUUCCACCUCAGGAUUAUUCCAUACCCUGGACUCCCUCGACCCCAUCACCAGAGAGAAGUUCCGGGAGGACCCAGAUUCCUUUCCACCCUAUUCAUUUCACAGCCUAAUUUAUAUGAGUAUGCAAAGCUUGAAAAAACAGAAAGUGGCCUUGACAGACAUAUACUCUUGGAUUGAGGAUAAUUUUGCCUACUUUCGAUGCUCGUCUCAAGAAUGGAAGGAAGCUCUUCGCCAAAACCUUGUGUCAAGCCGCUGUUUCCAACGUGUACCACGACGUAAGGAAGAACCGGGUGGUCGUGGUGAUUUAUGGCGCCUGAAUCCUGAAUUUCAAGAGCAGUUGUCCAGCAAUCGAAUCAGUUCUAAAUUUCUGCAUUUUUGGCAGCACGGUGUUUGCUGCUUGGGAUCGUAUUCUAAUCGCGCAGCAAACAAACUAAACAGCAAUUCAGUGAAACCCACAAGGCCUGUUAACACAUUAGAAGACAUUGACGUUGAAAUGAGGUCUCAUGAGAAGGAUAACCUGCUAGACACGAGAGUUAUUGCCCCUUGUCAGACAGCUGAACAUACAACAAAACGACGACGUACAGAACACUUUCCGAAAGCCAAAACCACUUCCAGUCAACGAAGUAGUGGUAUAUCUCUGAGUGAUACAACUUGGAGUUCGGCAUCUGGUUCUUCAUCACCUCUUUCAGAUUUGUGUACACCCCCGCCCCAGGUCCCUGAUACGACUUACCUUUCGCCCGACUCGCUGCUGAGUGCCGCGACUAACAACUACGGCAUAUUGGAUCCGAAAAGCGAAAUCGAUUCAUUGCCACUGGAAGAUAAAAUUAAACACGAUUUCCCCAUAACGGAUGUAACAACCAGUGAUUCGACCGAUCAUUCCAGCAAGCAGAACUAUCUCGGUUUUUCUGAAAAUAUCUCAACAGAUGUGGCCGAUCUCCUUCACAAUAUCACUUCCCAUGGACCGACUGAUCAGCCUGUCACCAUCAGAGAUACCGAGCAAUCUUCCCAUUGUGAUUUACAGGAUAUAUCGACGACAAUCGACUUAAAUGCAACCAAUGAUCCGUUGGAUUUGACUAUUCGAGGUUUACGCGUCAAGUCGACCACAGAAUGGUGGAACAGUAGUUUGUCCGAAUUUAUACACCACUUUUUCACAGACAAUUUGGGAGCCGAAUGUGGAGAAUUUGAACCCGACCAACCGACAACUCCAAGUGAUGGGAACGAUAUCAGUCGACUGUGUACACCGGAAGCAAAUGUUGAUUCAUCUAUCCGCUUAACAGACUGUCCGGAGUUUAAACUAGACGGCGACAACUCACAGACGGAACCCAUGAUCAGUGCAUCGAUAUUGGUAGAAAACACCGCCCUCGGUCAAUGUAACCUCCCAAGUUCACCUUUCUCGCUUGGUGAAGACCAACAUUGGAUAGAUCAACAACUGAAUUUAGAGGAACUUGACAGUAUACUUGGACUAAACUAGACAAAUCCCACUUUUUGAGGAAGGUGGAAGUCCGAAAGAACCCAAACCUUUCGUUUUUUUAUAUUUUUAUAUAAACCAGAGCCGGCAAAAAUGAGUCAGUGUUCAGCUUAUAGGUCGUUUCUCACCAAAGUUCAUUCGUCUUUUCACUGGGGUUUAUUUUUUAGAAAUCAGUUCCAAAUUAUUUUUUUUCAGCCUUCCUUAUCCUGCUGAAAAAUUAAGGCUGAGUCCCACUUUGUCACUCUCCCUCUCUCUCAACCGUAGUUUUUUUUACUGCGGCUACCAGGUUUAGGCAGCAGAUCACUUGUUCGUCCCACCUCGUUUGUAACAAGAUUACCUUUCAAAAUUUGUUCGGUUGACAGUGUGAAACGAGGACUUUCUCUGGGUUGAAUCCCAGACUUGACGUUUGAAACAGAGGUCAUUACUUUCACCAUAUCCACGUGGCAGCAAUGCUCAUCCAGUUUUGGAGAAUGACAUUGGCGUUUUCCUCUCCGUUUUUCGGGCACAACCUACAGAUGCCCCUCUUUGAAAGGUGAGGAUAUUUGACAACUUUUCUGAAGCCAUCCGCUCCGUGUACCUUUGUGCUUUCGCAGUUAUCUGUUAGACCACUUGGUGUUUUGUAUAUUUCGUGAUUCCCCCUCAACUAUUGACACCA